AGUGAAAUCAAGUGUUUCUAUAGUAUUUAUGGAGUAAAUCAAUAAUUUUAGGCUACUUGACCGACCACCCAACAAAGAUGACAUCCCUCAAUAUCGAGAAUUGCAAAGGAUACUUGCCACCGAAGUUGUGUACCCGCUGAGAAAGUUCCACUACGUGCGAGCCGACCAUAUAAUGAAAGUUCGAGAAUUGCUUGCGAAAGCGUUGCCUCAAAUGAGAGGACUCACAAGUGAGGAGAAAGAUCCGGAAGAAGUACUAACUGCAUUGUUCGGUCAACUAUUGAAAGCGCCACCCCUAGUAGAAUUAAUUAACCUAAAAGAUAACAAGGUGGAUCGUACGUAUCUCUGUCCGCUGAUCGUAGACGACUGGACAGCUGGCGUUGCAACAACGCAACACCUUCUAGAACGAUCUAUGCGAUCGGCGAAUGUGAAGUUCGCGUACCCUCCGAAAACGUUGAUCUUGCAGGUAGAGUCAGAAAUAAAUUGCGCUUUAGUGUAA